AUGCCUGCCGGCCAGGGGGCGAAGAAGGGGCCACUGGGGGGGCUGAUCAACUUCAGCACGGAGAACCUGGCGGGGGACUUCACGGGGGGGCUGACGGCGGCCGUGGUGGCGCUCCCCCUGGCGCUGGCCUUCGGCGUGGCUUCAGGUGCCGGGCCCCUGGCGGGCCUGUACGGGGCGAUCUUUGCGGGCUUCCUGGCAGCGCUCUUCGGAGGCACCCCCGCCCAAGUGACGGGACCCACGGGGCCCAUGACGGUGGUGAUGGCCGGCAUGAUAGCCCAGUGCACCCAGCACCCGUCCGCGGCCUUUACCAUGGUCUUCUUCGCGGGUUUACUGCAGAUUUUGAUGUGGGUGCUAAAACUCGGCCGUUUCAUCAGGCUGGUGCCCUCCCCAGUCACAUCGGGUUUCAUGUCAGGCAUCGGCUGCAUCAUCAUAUCCACACAGUUGCUGCCCCUGAGUGGCCUUCCAUCGGCUCCCAACGUUGUGGCUGCAAUCAAGGCAUGGCCGACGAUCCUGACACAAGCCAACCCCCAUGCCCUGGGCCUCGGUGCGCUGGCGCUGGCAUUCUGCUUACUGACACCGAAGCAGAUAACAAAACGGGUCCCAGGGUCACUGCUGGGAUUGUUCGUGGGAACUACACUGGCAUCUGUGAUGGGAUUGAAUGUUCCUCUGCUGGGCCACAUUCCUACAAACCUGCCUGUCCCCAUUGGACUGUCAAUUCCCCCAGCCAUGAUUCCCCUCAUAGCGAAGAACGCUGUGAUUCUGGCUGUGCUGGGAGCCAUUGACAGCCUGCUGACCUCCCUGGUGGCCGAUGCGAUCACCCACACAUAUCAUGACUCUGACAAGGAGAUGCUGGGACAGGGCCUUGGCAAUGCAGUUGCUGGGCUCUUUGGUGGCAUCGCCUCGGCUGGUGCCACGAUGCGCACAGUUGUGAACGUCAGGGCGGGCGGCCGCACUCCCCUGUCUGGAGCCUUCCAUGCCUGCGUGCUGCUUUGUGUGGUCAUGGGCUUCGGCGGCGCUGCUGAAAAGAUCCCCCUCUCAGUACUGGCAGGAAUUCUCGUCAAGACGGGCCUGGACGUGAUCGACUUCAACUUCAUCAAGAAACUGCCAAGACUGCCAUUGUCUGCCAGCCUUGUCAUGAUGACAACGCUCACUGUGACCGUCUUCUGGGACCUCAUCGUGGCUGUUGCUGCUGGCUGCGUGGUCGCCUCGCUCAUUCUUGUCAAGGAGCUGGCAGACACACAAAUCAAGGACUGCCGCAUUGUGAAGGCACAAGACCUUGAGAAUGGCAACAACAGUAUCGAUCUGUCACUGAAUGAGCGCAACAUGGUGCUGUCCGCCAAUGGGCGCGUGGCCGUCGUCCAAAUGCACGGCUCCUUCACCUUCAGUGCUGCAAACGGCGUCCUGAGGAAGGUCCUUCCAGAGCUUGAGAACCUGGACGGUGCGGUGUUGGACCUCAGCGAUGUUAACCUGAUGGACGGCGACUCGGCCUUGGCCAUUGAGGAGAUGGUGAACAGGGCCGGCGAGUACGACAAGCGCCUGCUCAUCUCGGGCGCCUCUGGUGAGGUUGCCCCCCUCCUGGACAGGGUCGGCGUGACGGAAAUGCUUCCGCUGCCGCCUUCAUCUACCCGCGAGGAGGGCCUGACUGCCCUGCUGGCUGGCAACGGAAGGUAG